AUGAGCGUGGUUAGGAUUCAGGGCAGCUGCGUAGCCAUCCGUACUCUCUCUCCUUCAACAUCCAUCAACCGAUCAUGUGCUCACGGUUCUGCUUCUUCAGAUGAUGCAACUUGUGGGACACCUACUUGGAUUGGUAAGGGUCUCACUUGUGUUUGCUUCAAGCGAAAGGGAGCAUAUGAACGGAUUUGCAUUAACUUGACCCCUCAACAGGAAGAAAGAGUGAAAAGGUUGAAGCAUAGAAUGAAGGUUUAUUUUGAUGCUUCCAGGCCAGAUCACCAGGAUGCUUUGAGAGCUCUAUGGUCCGCCACAUAUCCUGAUAGGGAACUAAAUGGCUUAAUAUCUGAUCAAUGGAAAGAAAUGGGAUGGCAGGGAAGAGAUCCAUCUACUGAUUUCAGAGGAGCUGGAUUCAUUUCUUUGGAAAACCUAUUGUUCUUUGCAAAAACGUUUUCAACAUCAUUUCAACAUUUGCUCAAAAAACAAGGAGGAAAACGAUCUGCUUGGGAGUAUCCAUUUGCUGUUGCUGGUGUAAAUAUCACAUUUAUGAUUAUGCAGAUGCUUGACCUUGAUGCCAUGAAACCUAGAACAUUUGUCAGAUCAGUUUUCUUACAGAUGCUGUCAGAAAAUGAAUGGGCAUUUGACCUGCUCUAUUGUGUGGCUUUUGCGGUCAUGGACAACCAAUGGCUAGAGAGAAAUGCUACAUACAUGGAAUUCAAUGAUGUCUUGAAGUCUACUCGAGCUCAGGUGGAAAGAGAACUUCUAAUGGAUGAUGUCUUACGGAUUGAAGACAUGCCUUCUUAUAGCCUUCUCAUUUAG